UAGUUUUGUUUAUCAACGACGGUGACCGGCGAUACCAGAGCAGCUUUGUCGAUUAUUCCGACAGUUGAAAUGAAGUGAUGUCGGCGUCGAGGACGGUGGAUUGGCAAUGGGAGAACGCCACGGCUGGCGCCGCCGCAGGGCUCGCAACCGUUGCUUUCUCGCACCCUCUCGACGUUGUUCGUACUAGGUUUCAAGUUAGCGAUGGCCGAACUUCAAUUCUUCCGACAUAUAGAAGCACUCCUCAAGCUCUCUUCACUAUAGCUCGUACGGAGGGUCUUAGAGGGCUUUAUGCUGGGUUUUAUCCUGCUGUUCUUGGAUCAACUGUUUCCUGGGGUUUGUACUUCUUCUUCUAUGGUAAAGCCAAAAGUAGAUACCUAAGGAGCAGGGAAGAGCUUGGUCCUGGUCUUCAUCUUGCUUCAGCAGCAGAAGCAGGUGCUUUGGUCUGCUUAUUUACAAAUCCUCUUUGGCUUGUGAAAACAAGAUUGCAGCUUCAGACUCCUCUUCAUCAAGUGCGGCCAUAUGCUGGUUUUCAUGAUGCUUUAAUAACAAUAAUGAAAGAGGAAGGAUGGAGUGCACUCUAUAGAGGAAUCGUGCCUGGUCUCUUUCUGCAGGUUACUCAUGGAGCAAUUCAGUUCACAGCCUAUGAGGAACUACGCAGACAUCUUGUUAGCUUUAGAUCAAAGGAUCGUGAAGAGGAUUAUGGAGGUGUUGAAAUGCUAAACUCAAUUGAUUAUGCUGCAUUGGGGGCCUCUUCCAAACUGUCAGCUAUGAUUGUAACUUAUCCAUUUCAGGUUAUUAGAUCUCGAUUACAGCAACGACCAAGUAAAGAUGGAACUCAGAGAUAUGUGGAUAGCUGGCAUGUUUUGAAGGAAACUGUAAAGUUUGAGGGGUUGAGAGGUUUUUACAGAGGAAUAACGGCGAAUAUGCUAAAAAAUGUCCCUGCAUCUUCAAUAACAUUUAUUGUGUAUGAGAAUGUCCUUAACAUGCUGAAACUGAGAAAGAUUGAUUGACAUUUUUGUCCACAUCUUUUUUUUUUUGAGAGAGAUUUUGGUUAGCACAUUGAUGUUCAUUUGCCCUAAUAUUCAUUUAUAAUGUCCAAAUAUUUAUUUUUAGGAGAAAUUUAGCAUUUUAUUUUGUAUUUUGAACAUCCUCUCUAUUUUGAUUUUGUAGUGAAUGUGGACAUCUCUUUUACUGUCCCUUGGUAAUGUAAAUGUUAUGUGUUGAAAUUUGAAAUGCACAAGUUUUAUAAUCA